AUGUCCCGCCAACUACGAACCCAACGCUGCCGCUCGUCAAAGUACUCGCAUGCCGUAAGGAACCUUUACGACUCCGACCCUGACGACCCCAGACCAUCAACUUCGGGAGAGGGCCCGAGACGGUUGAGGAAUGCUCCGGAGUCUCACUUCUACCUCUAUGAGACCGCGUCUGGUCGAGGAGAGAUGAGGGAGGCUCUCGACUCCUCAGCCCAACCUGCCAAAUCUGGACGAUCCACCGCCAUUCCCAACAUCCCAGACUCCGACUGGGAUAUGGAUGUUGACGAUUCUGACGACGAUGCCGACUACUCGCCGGAGGCAACGGAGAGCGACGCCGACUGGGAGGAGUUUGAUUACGUGUCGUCGCAUGACACGUCCAUCGACUCCGACGAGCCGUUGUCAGCUGUUGCACGUCGGUUUGCUAUGAGGAACGCUCCAGGGACUCCGGGUUUCGUCUGGAAGAAGAAGAGGCCUUUCGUGCGCCGUCACCCCUUCCAGGGCGUCCCAGGGGUCGAAGAAGCAUGCCUCCUGCAUGCCGACUCGACGGCAAGAGAGAUCUUGGACUGCUUCCUGACACCGGAAUUGUGGGACACUAUGACGAGGGAGACCAACCGGUAUGUGGAGCAGAGGCCGGUCACCCCAUCUUCACACAUGAAGACUUGGGAGAAUACGACUGUGGAGGAGCUGCAGUCAUUCAUUGGCCUCCGCCUGCUCAUGGGCCUGCAGCCGCGACCGCAUUCGCGGUAUUAUUGGUCGAAGAACCGGUUGCUUUCCUCGUCUGUGUUCCCUGAAACGAUGACCAGGGAUAGAUUUGAUUUACUGCAAAGUCGGCUUCACUUCUCGGACAACGAGGACCCCCGUGCCGACACCGACCGUCUGUGGAAGCUGCGACCGGUGUUGGAUAUCCUCGAUACGACGUUCAAGACGGUCUAUAUCCCUGACAGGAAAAUCGUGGUUGAUGAGUCGCUGUGGGCGUUCAGGGGACGUCACCACGCGAUUCAAUUCAACCCGACGAAGAGGGCGCGGUUCGGGAUGAAGGUAUAUCGCCUGUGCGAGAGUGAUGGUGCUGGUGCUGGCUACACCAGUGCCUUCAAUGUCUACAUGGGCCAGGACCGCGGCGACGUACCUGCCAGCAUGAAGGCUGUGACCGACCUCAUGAACCGCGCCUGCUUCUUCGAGAAGGGUUACGAGCUGUACUUGGACAACUGGUACAGCUCCCCGGAACUUUUCCAUUACCUGUCAUCAAGGAAGACGAACGCCGUGGGAACAGUUCGGCUGAACCGCAAGUUCAUGCCGAAGGACCUCAAGGUGAGCGCCCGCGGCGACGUCGACUUCCGGACUUCGGCGACGGGGAUGUUGGCUAUGUCUUGGAUGGAUCGGAAGCCGGUGCAUAUGCUUUCUACCAUCCACGGCCCAGACAUGGUUGACCUGCCCCCAAACCGCCGUGGUAUAGUCCGGACGAAGCCCCAAGCCGUCGUUGACUACAACGUGGGGAAGAAGGGGGUAGACCUUGCCGAUCAGUUGGCCGCGUCGUACUCCACAACCAGACGAACUAACAAGUGGUACCAGAAUGUGUUUUACCACUUGCUCGACAUGGCGGCGGUGAAUGCUUUCGUGGUUCACAGGGCGUUGGGUGGCACCCUGACCCAGCUUGAGUUCCGCCUGGAGAUCAUAGCUAACUUCCUCGAUCAACCUCCGGCCUACGGGAGAAGGGGUGGCCUUCGGACGCCUCCUGCUGCCACCCCAUCGCCUCCUCGCCGCCGGAACGCCCCACGUCAGCAGCAGCGCCAGCAGGUACCACAGGGCCACGUCCUGGCUUUCAAUCCAGGGCGAAAGUACCGCCGGUGUCGUCACUGCCGAGUAAGCCGCAACGUGAGGAAGGAGACGCGCUACAGGUGUGGCAGGUGUGAUGUCUCACUGUGCCCGGCAGAUUGCUUCAAUCUGUGGCACAGCCCCCUGUAG